CCAUCUGAAUACUAAGCCAAGGCAGAACGCUCAUGAAGUAGCAACUUAAGUGGCAGUGUUUAUUCUGAGAUCUUCAGGCAGCCGACUGUCUUAGGCAAAUCUUGAUAGCCCUUAUUAUCCAGGUUUUUAAUCUAAGGAAUCCCAAGAAGACCGGAGAAUGGAGAGACAGCGAAGGUUUAUGUCAGAGAAGGAUGAGUAUCAGUUUCAACAUCAGGGAGCAGUGGAGCUGCUUGUCUUUAAUUUUUUGCUCAUCCUUACCAUUUUGACAAUCUGGUUAUUUAAAAAUCAUCGAUUUCGCUUCUUGCAUGAAACCGGAGGAGCUAUGGUAUAUGGCCUCAUAAUGGGAUUAAUUUUACGAUAUGCUACAGCACCAACAGAUAUUGAAAGUGGAACUGUGUAUGACUGUGGAAAACUGGCCUUCAGUCCAUCAACUCUGCUGAUUAAUAUCACUGACCAAGUUUAUGAAUAUAAAUACAAGAGAGAAAUAAGCCAGCAUAACAUCAAUCCUCACCAAGGCAAUGCUAUACUUGAAAAGAUGACAUUUGAUCCAGAAAUCUUCUUCAAUGUUUUACUGCCACCAAUUAUAUUUCAUGCAGGAUACAGCCUGAAGAAGAGACACUUUUUUCAAAACUUAGGAUCUAUUUUAACAUAUGCCUUCUUGGGAACUGCCAUCUCCUGUAUCGUCAUAGGGUUAAUUAUGUAUGGCUUUGUGAAAGCUAUGGUAUAUGCUGGCCAGUUGAAAAAUGGAGACUUCCAUUUCACUGACUGUUUGUUUUUUGGUUCACUGAUGUCUGCUACAGAUCCAGUGACAGUGCUGGCCAUUUUCCAUGAACUGCACGUUGACCCUGACCUGUACACACUCCUGUUCGGGGAGAGCGUAUUGAAUGAUGCAGUGGCCAUUGUCCUCACAUAUUCUAUAUCCAUUUACAGCCCCAAGGAGAAUCCAAAUGCAUUUGAUGCUGCAGCAUUCUUCCAGUCCGUGGGGAAUUUCCUGGGGAUCUUCGCCGGCUCGUUUGCAAUGGGAUCUGCAUAUGCUGUUGUCACUGCACUGUUGACCAAAUUUACCAAACUCUGUGAGUUCCCACUGCUGGAAACCGGCCUGUUUUUCCUCCUGUCUUGGAGCGCCUUCCUGUCUGCGGAGGCCGCCGGCCUGACAGGAAUAGUUGCUGUUCUCUUCUGUGGAGUCACACAAGCACAUUAUACCUACAACAAUCUGUCGUCCGAUUCCAAAAUGAGGACUAAACAGUUGUUUGAAUUUAUGAACUUCUUGGGCGAGAAUGUCAUCUUCUGUUACAUGGGCCUGGCGCUGUUCACGUUCCAGAAUCAUAUCUUUAAUGCUCUUUUUAUACUUGGAGCCUUUCUCGCAAUUUUUGUUGCUAGAGCCUGCAACAUAUAUCCCCUCUCCUUCCUCCUGAAUCUGGGCCGGAAACAGAAGAUCCCCUGGAAUUUUCAGCACAUGAUGAUGUUUUCAGGUUUGCGAGGAGCAAUAGCAUUUGCCCUAGCUAUUCGGGACACAGAAUCUCAGCCCAAACAAAUGAUGUUUACCACCACACUGCUGCUCGUGUUCUUCACAGUCUGGGUGUUUGGAGGAGGAACAACCCCCAUGCUGACUUGGCUUCAGAUCAGAGUUGGUGUGGACCUGGAUGAAGAUCUGAAGGAGGAGCCCACCUCACCCCAGGAAGCAAAUAACUUGGAUAAAAACACAACCAAAACAGAGAGUGCUUGGCUCUUCAGAAUGUGGUACAGCUUUGAUCACAAGUAUCUGAAACCAAUUUUAACCCACGCGGGUCCUCCGCUGACCACAACGUUACCUGAAUGGUGUGGUCCGAUUUCCAGGUUGCUCACCAGUCCUCAGGCCUACGGGGAACAGCUCAAAGAGGAAGAUGUGGAAUGCAUUGUGAAUCAGGAUGAACUGGCCAUGAGUUUCCAGGAGCAAGCCACCUCGCCCUGCAGCCCUCCCGCGGGCCUGAGGGUAGACCAGAAAGCUUCCCCGCAGACUCCGAGCAAGGACAACAUUUACGAGGGGGACCUUGGCCUAGGAGGCUAUGAACUCAAGCUUGAGCAGACCCCGGGUCCGUCCCAGCUGAAGUAACGGUGGCUGGUGCAGAUGUAAUCCCAAGUCAUGCGGGGCUCACAGAGGACUGUGAGCCAAGCUGGGGAAACCACGUGGCCAAGAGAUUGGGGCCAUGCAGUAAGAGAAUCCAAACUUUGUCACAAAUAUCCUCCGGUGCCUGAAGAAGUCAGAAUUUAUUAUUAUCUGUCUAUAUUAUGCAACUGAAUUUAAGUUUUUGACAGCAGCCA